UAGAAUGUCGGUAUCGACGUCAAUGAGGGGUUCCGUGUCACCAACGUCUAUACCUUCACUGUGAGUAUAAGAUUAUAAUAUUAUCAGUUUAUGUAGCUUGUUCAUAUAUAUCUCACCUUGUACCAAGCGAGAUUAUCACAAAGCGCUGAUAUCGAGUGCCAACCAUGUUGAAAGUCCAUCUGUUCGUGGCGGUAGUGGUGACUAUAUUCGCCUUGUCCCAGGCCGCACGACAUAAAGUGGGCAGGCUGAAGGGCGUGAGACCAAAAGAAGUCGUCGUCACCGAGCACGUCUACUUCGACAUGGUAAUUCAUAACAACGAGGGGACGGAGCAACUGGAGGGACGUUUCGUUGUCGCCGUAUUUGGGGAACUUGCUCCCAUGACAGUUCUCAACUUCGUAUCCCUGGCUAAAGGGUACAGGCGAGGCAAAGAUUUCCUGACGUACAACCGGACACGGAUCCACCGUAUUGUCCCCGACUUCGUUGUCCAGAUGGGAGACGUAGAACACAAGCAGGGACUUGGAGGAACAAGUAUCUAUGGUGACACAUUCCGUGACGAGGAAUUCAUCAUGAGCCACAGUUCCUCAGGGAUGGUUUCAAUGGCCAAUGCAGGAGAGGACACGAACAAGUCUCAGUUCUUCAUUACAUUACAGAAGGCGAGAUGGCUUGAUGGCCACCAUGUUGUGUUUGGCAAGGUUAUUGCAGGAAUGGACAUAAUUGAAAAGAUUGGCGAGAUUAAGAGCUACAACACUGGUGACCCCAAGAAGCCCGUGAUGGUGGCGAACUGCGGAGUCGAGGGACUAAGCUCCAAGUACGAGGUCACCCUGGAACAGGUCGACAAGGACUCACAGAGCUUCCGCAAGGAAGACUUCGCACCGAUGCACGAAGAGGAUGAAGACAGUCACUAAGCAGCCCAAGUACAGACACCCGGCACCAUAGUAACAACUGUUUGGCGCCGUUUAACAAAAAGACAAUUCGUAAUCACCCGUGUCAUUCCGGAACAAGGUUACGGAAAGGGUCGAGAGGUGACGAAUGAAAUCGGUCUUCGACUCAUUCGUCUCCACACUCAUCUUUCCGAAUCCUACAAAAAUGUCAUUCGGUUUGUCCCGGAAUGACACGAGUUGUCACGGAAAACUACAAUUAUCGCAACUUUCAUACUGUAUAUAUCAUGGAAUGGGAUUUACGACAACCGUACGGCUUCGUGAAACACAAAUGAGAGAGCCAAAGAAGAUAGACACUCGAAAGUCUUCAUUUCUGAUUUGAAAAUACGCGGCGCCAAGUGUCUGCGUCCACACGCUUGCUCUGUUUCAUUCUAAUGUGUUACCAUUGUCCAGUGUGAAGGUGUGCGUUUCAAACAUGGGUCUCAUGUCGGAUUGUGGUACACGGUCCACAAUCUAACAUGUACGCUCAUCUACGCUCAUCAAGGCUAAUACUUGUUGUUUGUCUCUCUUAAGGAGACGAGCUCUUAUUUAGAAAUAUAGUGUAGCUUACGGUCUAUAGAACGGGCCAUGUUACUCUGAAAGCUGAACUUACACUAUUGAGUCGGAAAUAGGGUCUAGUUGUAUCCACGUAAAAUAGGUUUGAGUUUCCAUGGAAAAUGUCAUAUGUAUCUGGAGUGAAUGUUUUGAUAAUAUGUACAUGUACCCGAAUAAUAAAGUUUUAUAAAUAUC